AUGAACGCUGUCAUUUCGGAAUUCAACAGCUAUAGUUAUUCCCACGCGAACACAAGUCUCCAAACCAAGACAACGCCAGACCCCAAGCACACGACCCUCUCCAAUUUCAACGUCAACCUCAACUUCAAAUUCACAUUCAAACCCUACCCCCCACCAUUCCGCAACGUCUCAGCCUGCAAUCGCUGCCGCCUCCGUAAACACCGCUGCGACCAGCGCCUUCCACGCUGCGAAUCCUGCGAAAAAGCAGGCGCCCGCUGUGUCGGCUACGACCCCCUCACCAAGCGCGAACUCCCGCGCAGCUAUGUCUCCUUCCUUGAAAGCCGCGUCGGAUAUCUCAAGCAAGUCUUAAUAGACCACAACAUCGACUUCAAGCCCGCGACUGCAUAUGAUGAGGAAGAAACACUUCGUCUAGAGGCGGAUAUCAAGCGCGGAGGCUCGCCCGAGGCCUCGUAUUCCAAGGAGGGGAUUGUGGCGCGGAACUCGAGUUCUACGUUGGAACAGCAGCGCGAUGGUUCGAGGCGGAAGAGGAAGAUCAGUGCUGUUGAAGGGGAUGAGGAUGAGGAGUAUUUGCCUCCGAGGCAGAUGAAGAGACUUUGUCAGUUGAGUUUGUUGUUGAAGGAGUUUUUCAAUGAUGGGUGUACGCGGAGGCAUUAUGGAGGUCGUGGCCGUGACUGUGACCGUGACCGGGACGAUGGCCAUGAUAAUGAUAAUGAUCGUGAUCAUGAUCAGCAGGAUAUAGCUGAGAUAGCCACACAUCAGGAUCGGGUCCAAGAUGGACCGCGGCAGUCGCAGCCCUGGUCGCCGCAGAGUUACGAGUCCAUGGAACACAGUGACAACCAUACGAUCUCUGGCUCGGAAUCGCCUGAAUACCCACCUAGGCAAUAUCACGAUUUGAACUCUGGGAAUGAGAUCUCGGCAUUUGAUGGGAUGUUUGGUUCAACUCGUGGUCCUAGGGGGUAUGGAGGAGAUCCGCAGCCGAAGAUCAAUCUUGGGUCUGAUUUGGUGGAUUUUGAACUUGAUAUGCCGGGGCCUAAGACAUCUUUUGUUGGGAGGAGUAGGAGUGCGAAAGCGAAUGCUAUUAGGCGUCGUGAGUCUUCGGAUGAAGAGCAGGCCGAGGCGGAUGCCAAGUUUGAUAUUGGGGCUGAGCUUUUGAGACAGAGGACUGAGAAGGCGAAUUAUGAUUUGUUGGAUGAGUUUCUUGUUGGGUGGAGGGAUGUGGAUUGA